UAUUUGCUUUCCAUCCCCGCGAUUUCUGCUCCCUCUGUUCCUUUCCUCCCUCCCCCCAUCCCUCCCUUGCUCGUCGUCAGGCUCAAUGCCAACGGCUAUUGAUUAUGAUGCUGCCGAAAGUCAUCACGGCGGGCCUGCUGUGCCUCGCCCCAGCGACACAGGCGUUUCGGACAUCAUUCUCGUUGAAGGACUUUCGCGAGCAGAUGGACAAUGAAAGGAGCAGCAAGAGGACAAUCAGCGCCCGGGAUGUGGACCCGUCGGACCUGUAUCCUGAAUACAAUCUGUCCGUCCCGAUUGAUCAUUUCCACAAUGAUUCGGCGUACGAGCCGCACUCUGAUGGCUUCUUCAAUCUCCGGUACUGGUUCGACGCGAGCCACUACAAAACGGGCGGGCCGGUCAUUGUCCUGCAGUCUGGUGAGACAGACGCGGCGGGCCGGCUCCCUUUCCUGCAGAAGGGCAUCGUCGCCCAGCUGGCGCAGGCAACGAGUGGCCUCGGCGUAAUCCUGGAGCACCGCUACUACGGCACGAGCUUCCCCGUGCCGGAUCUCUCGACCGAGAACCUGCGCUUCCUCACCACGGACCAGGCCCUGGCCGACAUGGCCUACUUUGCCAGGAACGUCGUGUACGAGGGGCUCGAGCACCUCGACCUCACGGCCCCGAAGACCGCCUACAUCGCGUACGGGGGUUCGUACGCAGGCGCGUUCGUGGCGUUCCUGCGCAAGCUGUACCCGGACGUGUACUGGGGCGCCAUCUCCUCGUCGGGCGUCACCGAGGCCAUCUAUGACUACUGGGAGUACUUCGAGGCCGCCCGCAUAUACGGCCCUAAGGACUGCGUCGCGGCGACCCAGAAGCUGACCCACGUCAUCGACAACAUCCUCAUCGGGAAGAAUGACACCGCGUACCCGGACAAGCUUAAGGCCGCCUUCGGGCUGGGCAACCUGUCCCGCACCGACGACUUCGCCAACGCCAUCACGAACGGCAUCUACGGCCUGCAGGACACCAACUGGGACCCGGCGGAGAACAGCACUGAUUUCGGGCUGUACUGCAACAACGUCAGCUCCGACGCGCUCCUCUACCCCAGCUUGGAGGGCCUCGGGUCCGAGAUCCGGGACCUGAUCGCGGCCGGUGGUUACGGCGGCGCCGAGGCGGACUCGCUCGUCAACCCGAUGCUGAACUACAUCGGGUGGAUCAACGACACCGUCGUCGCACCGUGCGAGAAGAAGAACUCGACCCAGGACUUCUGCUUUACUAACUACAACUCGACCUUCUACGAGCAAGACGACAUCUCCCAGACGUGGAGGGCAUGGCCUUACCAGUACUGCACGGAAUGGGGCUACCUCCAAACCGGCUCCGGCGUCCCCGCCGACCAGCUCCCGCUCAUAUCACGCAUGAUCGACGUCCCCUACACCUCCACCGUCUGCCGCGAGGCCUUCAACAUCACCUCCCCGUCCGACGUCGAGGCCGUCAACCGGCACGGCGGCCUGACCAUCUCGUACCCGCGCCUGGCCAUCGUCGACGGCGAGGCCGACCCGUGGCGCGCCGCGACGCCGCACGCGCUGUCCCUGCCCCCCGGGCGCCCCAACACGGCGUCAGAGCCGUUCCUCCUCAUCGAGCAGGGCGUCCACCACUGGGAUGAGAACGGGUUGUUCCCGAACGAGACGGCUCCCGGGCUGCCGCCGCAGGCGGUGGCGGACGUGCAGGCGCUGGAGGUUAUGUUUGUGCUGGAGUGGAUGUCUGAAUGGGCGCUGCACUGUAUUGUUGAUGGUGGUUGCUGAGGAUG